AACGGGCUUUAACAAUAGCAGGGCGUAUUUGUAUUCUAUUACCACUACACUACGACUAUUGACUGUUGUUUUGUAAUUGAAAUUUCAGCAGGGGCUAUGGUUCCGCUUCGGUUGUCGUGUCAUUUGCAUGACUGAAUGUAAAUUCUCGGUCUUCGGAGUUUAUCGACGUGACGUUUAUGCGGAAUGCAUACUUCGCACACAAAGAAGUAAACAGUUUACAAAGGAACUCGAGACAAAACUCAAACAUGGUCGCCUUGUUUUUACUCUUCUUUAACGAGUUCUAUCCUUCCUUUCCGCAGCGUCAGUUUAUUGAAGUAAAGUGUUAGCCAAAAACAAGGUGAGGAUGACGGCGCGUGGAAUUUUGCGGUGGAUCGUUUCUCGUUAUCUUUCGCUGUCACUCUGGCAGUCACUUCAGAUCGUGGUGAUCGUAAGCUACAUUUGGGCCCAAUAUGCCCUUCAUGUACAGCUAAGCAAUCGUUUAACGAAUAUCAUUGAAAGGCUAGACAAGCUUGAAGAUUACAUGAACGGCAAAGACUACAGAAAGGUACAGUUGAGGACUCAUGAUAUGAAGCAAAAGAAUGCUCCCUCUCGUGGAAAGCGAAAUGCGGACCUAGCAGGAAUGAACAACCUCUUACGGCGACUGGAGAGUUUGGAAAAUCGCUUUUCAGCUUCAAAAAAUUUCAGUGCGCAUGACGGUGGAGCGUUUUGUGUUCAGGGACCUCAAGGAACACAUGGAAUUCCGGGAAAAAAUGGGAUACCGGGGCAUGAUGGUAAGGAUGGAACGACUGGAAGAGACGGAAGAGACGGCAUCGACGGACGCGAUGGAGUACCAGGGAUAAAUGGAAUCCCAGGAAAGCAAGGAUCGCCGGGCAGAGAUGGUGCUACAGGACCAAAAGGGGACCAAGGCCAAAAGGGACACAGAGGAAAACAAGGCCCUCAGGGGCCCCCAGGCAACCCUGUGACGUGUUCCCAAAAAACAGCCUCAGGAAGUUCCAUGUUUAUUCGAUGGGGACGUAGUGUAUGUCCAUCUCGCACAGGCGCUGAACUAGUUUAUGAAGGCCGAGUAGCUGGGUGGCGCCCAACAGGAGAGGGCGGAGGAGCCGACUAUUUGUGCAUGCCUCUCGAUCCUCUUUACCUCAAGAGCUCUUCAUCGGGGUCCAACUCGAGGGUGCCCUUCUUUGGUGUAAAGUAUGGUCACGUGGAGGAUCUUUUUAUGAGGAAAGGCCGCAGGGGACCUCAUAUUAGUUACCUUGGUGUCCCAUGCGCUAUGUGUCGCGUGCAACAAAGAGGAUCCUCAAUGAUGUAUCCCGGAACCAAUGUGUGCCCGAAUGGAUUUUGGACCCGCGAGUACCACGGGUAUCUUAUGACGGACACCAACAACAACACGAGACCUGAGUACAUUUGUGUUGACGCUGAUGCUACUGGAGUAAAAGUGCCCUCCAACAAAAGACAAGCCGGGAAAGCUUUACUAACGUCAGUACAAGGACAGUGUGGAGUGUUGCCCUGCCCGUAUUACGAGCAGGACCGGGAACUGACAUGCGCAGUAUGCACAAUGUAGUAAAAUGGCAAUUAUGAUAAAACAAGCCGCGCUGAGUAGUUACCUGUUUUAAGAGGUUUUUUUUAUGUUCCGUCCGUUGCAACGCUGAAAAAUUGCAACAAACUACCAACAGACAAUCCAGAAAUGUGCAAAUUAUUUUAAUUACCACCUUUAAACAAGCGAGACCUUUGAAAACUGGUCGUGUAAUCGUAACAAAAAAACACAUCAAGUAUAUACUGUGAGAUAUAAUCGUAAAGGAAGCAGUCGUUAUUGUAGCCAAAUAUUAUCGAAGUUAAAGGAUAAAAUUGUAUUCAGAUUUAAUAACUUGUUAAUCGACGAAGGUCCGUUGACCAAGGUCAUCCAAAGUUCUGAUGCCACAACAAGGAAGCAUGAACAGUGUAAAUAUGUCGUGGCAGGUCACGAUUGAUCGAAUUCGCGAGAGUAACAAACGUGCCACCGGUUAUAAAUCGUUGUAAACUAUGACAAAAAUUUCGCUUGGUUUUCUUUCUUUUAUUUUUCGUUUAAAAAUAUCAUUAUCUACUGGUCAUGCUCUUGUGACACGAUGUUGGCACAACAUACACGACAGAAUAUUAAACGCUAUGCAACCGAA